ACGUUUGCAUGUUUGCCCUAAUUUUUCAAUUAACCAUUCUUAAUAAAAAAUAAUGUCAAAGGAAGCUCUUACACCUUCUUCAAUUUUUAAUUCUAGGAUACGUGGAAAAAUAAUAGAGCUUGACGAACAUGAUCAAAGUUUAAUUUCAGAGGCUUUAUCCAUCAUUUGGACUAAAACGCAUAAAAAAGUUGAAUCAUGUUUAUUUGAAAGAAACAAAGCUACAGUAUUUUGUAAUAAAAAUGGUCGUAUAUAUUUUGACCUAGUUGAGCGCGAGGAACUAAGUUCAUUAGAAUAUAAGAAACUUCAACAGAAAGAAAAUGAAUUACAAGAAAUCAAAAAAAAAUUGAGUAGCGAGCUUGAAAUUUAUAGGCGUAGAUGUGAGGAAAUUUCAAAUCAAAAUAUUCAUUUACAGAAUGAAUUACAUCAACUCCAAACUUCAAAUAUUUCAUGUACUCCUGGUACUGUCGACACCAUAGUCUCUGAUGAAUUGAAUUUUGAACAACUGCCUCCCAAAUCAACUUUUGGCUCAGUAUUCUGUCAAGAUUCUGAUAAUUUGGAUUUUGCACGUAUUGUAAACUGUGAUAUGGCUAUUAACGGUUUGACAACUAUCAAUACGCCUGAUGAAAUUUGGGUAAAUUUAAAUAGACGUUGCAUUAAAAAAUUUGGUAAUAAUAACUGUAUAAAAAGCAAUGCUACCAUUUCUGACAUAACUUGGGCGUGUACGACCUUACCUGCCUAUUUAAGUUGGAGUUGGAUAGUAAAUUAUCAUAAUGAUAUCAAGAGGUGGAUCGCAAGAAUCGACGAUUUCAAUUCAAAAAAUUCUGAAGGAUUUGAAGCAUCUCAAAUACCAUCAUCUUCAGUAAAAAUAGUAUCACAACCACGAUCUCAUAUAAAAGAAAUACCAUCACAGCCACCGGCCUUUUCAGAAGAAGAAUCAUCUUCUUUAGAAGAAAUAGAAUUACAUCCAUCAUCUCCUUCAAAAGAAACAGAAUUACCACCAUCUCCACCAUCUCCUUUGGUAGAAAUAACACUAGCUUCUGUAUCAGCUAUUCCAGAAACAUUAUCUGCUUCAGGAAACAUGAAAUCACAAGCGUUAUCUACCUCAAAUAAAACAAUACUACAACCAAUAGCUGCUUUAGAAAAACAACCAACAUCACAAUCAGUUGCUUCCUUAAAAAAAGCAUCACGACCAAUAACUGCUUCAACAUCACAAUUAUCAGAUUUUCAAGUAUUAGCUAUACCAGAAGUCUCAAAAAAUACAACAUCACAAUCAUCUGCUUCAACAUCACAAUUACACUCCCAAGUAGCUAUACCAGAAGCAGUAGCACAAAAAAAAUGCGAUUAUAUUUAUAUUUCAUCGGAUGAAGAUGAGGAGGAUUAUAAUUAUGUGAAUGAUACUGAAAGUAUGAAAGUUGCAAAACAACAAACAUUAAAUUCCACCCAAUUAUUAUUAUUCAAAAAAGGGAAAAAAUUACGUGAAAUUUUAUUGAAUUCACAAACUGAUAAUGAGACUCUUAUCAAUCUUGAGCAUUCAAAAUUUGAACUAACGAAUGUUAUAGCUGAAUUAUCAGCUACACCUAUAAAAGUAACUGAUGUGAAAACUGCAGAAGAGAGAAUUCUUCAAUGGAAAAACCAAGAAUUGCAGUGUGAAAAAUUUAGAAUAACUGCAGAAUCAUAUAACUUAUUACAUUUAAUGUCAUUAGUUCGAGUUUAUGAAGACCUUAUAAGAAUUGGUGAAGAACUGAAAAAAAAUCCCGAAAAUGGUGUUAAAAAUGUAAGAACCUGGGUAAUAGGUUUUAUGCGCGAUAAGCUGAAAACAAACAGUAAAGCAGAACAAAGAAUUAGGCUAGGAUGUAAUCGAUUGCGCAAGUUAUUUAAUGAAGGUAUUACAUGUGCACAACUUGUGCAGUCUGGGUUACGUAAAUGUGAUUUUUUUACCAAAAAUGAAAAUUACGAAAUUUUUUUAUCCCAAAUACCCUCAUUGGAAACACGCCAUUCAAUUUCAUCAAAUUUAUCAAAUGAGCGUCUUUCAGAUUUACUAGAUAUUUCUCAAUCAGAACGGCUUCAACUAUAUGAUGAAGUUUUUGAUAACGUGCCAGUAGUACCUCAAAAAAAGGUUAUCUUCAAAUUAGAUUUGAGUAAAGGCUUUGAAAAUGUAACUGAUGAAUUUCGAAAUAGUGAAUAUAUCAUUACUUAGAU